UCUGUGAAAGGUCAAGUCUGGCAGUGACGUCACGCUGUCUGCUCCGAGGCCCCGCCCCGCUCGCCAAACCCCGCCCCCCGCCGGUUCCCAGCCAACUUGGACUUGAAUGAGCCGCGCGCCGCAGACGGCUGGAAAGUAGUACGAACCGUCUGGGAAUAACACCGGGAAUAACACCGGGAAUACUGGAGCACGGCGGCCGGACGGCGGGACGGGGGCGGCGGGACGGAGGCCAAAGGAAAGCCGCUCCUGGAAGAAAGAAGCGUCGCUGAGGGAAGAAGAAAAGCCUGCGUCAAUGUUUUCAUUCGACAGCGCGCCGUGAAGCGAUCGCGUCCGUCCGUUUUCCGCGAGGUCUCCUCAACGUUCAGCUUCAUGGGUCUGACGAACGGAACCACCGACACCCACACCAAUGUCUCCUGUACAUGUAACUGCAAGAGAUCCACUUCAUUCCAGAGCAUGGCGAUCACCCAGCUGGAGUUUGUUCAGAUUCUGGUGAUCGUGGUGGUGAUGAUGAUGAUGGUGGUGGUCAUCACGUGUCUGCUGAAUCACUACAGACUGUCUGCUCGAUCUCUCAUCUCCCGCCACGGACGAGCGCACAGACGACACCUGCCCCUGCCGUCGGAGGGCGGUCUGUGGUCCUCUGAUGCUCCCAGCUCUUCUAGUGAGGUCUACGCUCCGGACCGGGUGCCGGCGUAUCUCCAGCGCGAGCGUCUCUCACGCUUCCAGCCCACCUUCCCGUACCUGCCUCACGCCAUCAUCGACCUCCCGCCCACCAUCUCCCUGUCGGACGGAGAGGAGCCUCCGCCGUACCAGGGCCCCUGCUCCCUUCAGCUGAGGGACCCCGAGCAGCAGCUGGAGCUGAACCGGGAGUCGGUCCGAGCGCCGCCCAACCGCACCGUGUUCGACGGGCCGCUGGUCUCCGCUCCGCCGGCCUACAGCGAGGUCAUCGGUCACUUCUACCACCCCGACGCUCUGGUGCAGGGCCCCAUCCACAGCAGCCCCGGGGACGGCAGAAACACACGCAGCAAAGACAAAGCCAAAGCCCAGCACGUCUGACGCUCCUCUCCCGGCCUCCUUUAUAGCAGAAAAGCUGAUCUCACAAUCGCACGCGCUCCUAGGGUUCGGGUUCCGCCGGUUCCCAGGUUCCUUUCAGACACUCAGAUAUCAAGCGUAGCGGUGUCUCACAGAAACAUCAACAGGAAUAGACAAAUCAAAAUUACAUUUAUGCCAAAAAUCAUUAGGAUAUUAAGUAAAGAUGUCUCACCAUAAAUAUAUCAAAACUUUAUUUGGACAACUUUAAAGGAGAUUUUCUCAAUAUUUAGAUUUUCAGACAGA